AACAGCUCAUCUAUAAAAGUCAUAGACAGACGUAAGCCCAGCCAGACAGAUCACAAAAAGAGAGGACAGGAGCCAGGAGAUACAGCCAGCGGGAGCAUCACUGAGCAGAACAACCUCAUCACAGACACAGAAAACACAUCAACAAAACCUGUUGGAGACGAAACAUCUGACACAGAUCUUACAGCAGAGACGAUGCCUUUCUGUACCGUCCUUGAGAAGCAAAACGGUGUGAUGGUGGGAGCGGAGCUGGCCUGCAGCGUACGGGAAGAGAACAAGGCUAAUAGGGAGAGCUACAGCGCUGACUGGCUCAGUAUCAGUCUCAAGACUCACCCUCAGGACAGGUGAGAGCUCACAGACUGAUCAGAAAACCUUUGCACGCCCCCUGAUCUCCCACUGAAUGAGAGUUGAAGAGUUUCUAUCCCUACUAUCAUUCCAAACUUUACCAUCAGAAAUAAAUUGCUUCUUGCUCAGGCAGACAAUGAACAUGAAUGACGACUCUCGUAGGGAGACUCUGUCCCGGCAAUGGCAGGCCCGCUCACUGACACAGAUCUGCCCCUCUGGUGUCUUCAGAGUGGGCACUGUGGAAAGUGGGGUGAGGGAGCACCAGCUGCUGCCGAAGAGAAAAUCCCUUCCCUUGCCCAUCUUCACCCCUGCAGAGCUGGGCAUCAGGCUUGGACGUGGAGCUCCACACACAGAAGAGGACCUGCUGCCCUUCUCCACCCCAGACGGAGCCUGUCCCAGCAAGAGGAGUGUGAACGAGAUCAUAAAAGACCUCCCCCCAGUCAAGCCUAACGCCAUGGAUUUCUUCAAAGGGCCCAGAGACCUGAGGCGCUCCCUGUCCAUAGAGGCCCAGAGAGGUUGAUAAAGAAAACGAGAAAGAGGGGAUGUUAGGGAAAGAUGAGAUGGAUGCUAAUUGGGAAAGAAUAGUCAAUGUGGUACGUGUUUUAGAAAUGAGCUUGAAAAAAAUAUAUAUAGUGAAAUCUCUCAUUAAAAGCUGUAGAUCUUUAGCACUAUCUGUGUUUCUUGGCGAGCACAGCACCAGUCAUCGUCUGAAUUAGGUGGUCAGUGGUAUUAGAGAUGGUGGUGAGGGCAUUGUGAUGGAGAGGCGGGGCGUGUGUUCUCAGCUGCUCCAUGGGCUGAUCUCUGCCUGUGCUUGCCAGCUGGCCUCAUAUCUGUUGAUCACUCAGUGAAAUUACUGUGACCCAACUAUUCCUUGACCAUGCAGCAUACCAUUGUUUUGCAUUGAAAAGGUAUAAUGAAAGUGUUCUUGGGGUCAUUAGAUUCAUGAAUCAUACCUAGUAGGUGAUAAAGGUAUGCAAUGACGCAGCAAGUGACAGAUGGAAAAUGACGUGCAUGAGAAAGAGGGAUAGUCAGAGGGGAAUGGGGAAGGGUGAGUAGUCGGGGUACAGGGUCUUCAUACAAUCUCUUGACAGUCUCUGAUCUAUGUGUAAAGUACAGAAUGCUCUGGCUGCAGUUGUACAUAUGUGUUUGUGUUUCUUGUUAGUUGAGUUUCAGAUAUUUAUAUCCUAUCUGAUACAAAGGUCACAUACUUUAUAAGCUGAGAAUGAUGGUGUUGUGAAUUCAUUUGCAAUCAUGUUGGAAUAUUUUUCCUAGAUCUUUAUAUUUUUCCUAAUAAAAGCGUCUCUAAAACUCACUAAA